UCACAGCCAAGGUGGGAGGGCACGGCAAGCAGUUUAGAGAGCUCCGUGUAUGAAUGAAUAAGUUGCGUAGGGUCGUAUUACCAGUGUUUGUACACUAACGCUCAAGCUAGGUGAAGCAGAGCAGCGGUAAGCAAGUUCGGUUGUCACCGUGUCACUGCGCAUGCUCAGUGAUAGAGGCUGGCUCUGCGCAUACACGGUGAGGGAGGCUCAGUGAGUAUGUAAUAAAGGUUUCUGGCUGUAGUUUCCUCCUCACCUCCCGCACAGACAUGGACCUGGACGCGCUGCUGGGGAAUGUCAGCCCAGGGAACCACGAGGAGACGGAGUCCUCCCUGCGAGAGUACAACAGCCAGAAUCGUACCUUGUUUCAGUUUGAUCCAGCUGAUGAAGAGAAGAGGAAGAAACUAUGUGAAGCUAUAUUUGAAGUACUGGAUAAAGGAACCAGCAUAUCCUGCCAGAUCAUAUGCUUGGAGGCUCUCCGGAUCCUUUCCAGAGAUAAAAAGGUUUUAGUCCCAGUGACCACAAAGAAAAAUAUGCAGAUUCUUAUGAAACUUGCCAAGCUGGACCCUGAACUGAAUACUCUGGGUGACGUAAUGAAUUUCCCCGUCAUUGUGGAGGCAUUGAAGUGCUUGUGUAAUAUUGUCUUUAACAGUCCGGUGGCGCAGAAGCUGAGCCUGGAACUGAAUCUUGCUACGGGACUUUGCAGGCUCUUGGAGAAAUGCACGGACCGGCGUACAGUCAAUGACAUUCGCUGCUUUAAUCUGCGACUGCUCUUUCUACUCACACUUUUGCAUACAGACAUUAGGGCUCAGUUGAAACAGGAGCUGCAAGGACUGCCCCUGCUAACACAGACCCUGGAGAGUAUUGUGGGGAUUCAUUGGGAAGGGAAAUACCAGGCCCUUACAGAGCGGAAUGGUCCUCCACUCUCUGUGCAGGUGACAGACUGCACCAUAGAGGCGUUAAAAGCACUUUUUAACGUGACGCUGGACAGCUGGAACGUCCACAGUGAGAGUGAUGCUCACCAGUUCCGGCACUUGACUGCCAUUUUACGGCACAUUUUGCUGUCCCGGGGUCCAUCUGAAGAAAAAACAGAGGAGAUGCACAGCAAUACAGUCAACUUGUUGAGCAAUGUUCCAGUUUCGUGCCUUGAUGUCCUUAUCAGCCCGGCAGGGAAAGAAAUGUCUGCAAAUAACAACGAGCCAGAUAUGGAGGCCAUUCAGCUCAUUCUGGAUUUUAUGGAGAAGAGGAUAGACAAGGGCUGCAGCUACAGAGAAGGCCUCACACCAGUCCUUAGCUUGCUUACAGAAUGUUCCAGGGCACAUAGAAAUAUCCGCAAGUACAUCAAAGCGGAGGUUCUUCCGCCUCUGAGAGAUGUAUCCAGCCGCCCAGAAGUGGGCACAACUGUAAGGAACAAAUUGGUGCGACUGAUGACCCACGUGGAUUUAGGGGUGAAGCAGAUUGCAGCUGAAUUUCUGUUUGUUCUUUGCAAGGAGCGAGUGGAUAACUUGCUGAAGUAUACGGGUUACGGAAACGCAGCCGGUCUUCUUGCUGCCAGAGGUCUCCUGGCUGGUGGGAGAGGGGACCACUGGUAUUCUGAUGAUGAGGAUACGGACACUGAAGAGUAUAUCAAGGCAAAACCAAACAUUAACCUCAUAACUGGUCACGUGGAGGAACCAAUGCCGAAUCCUAUGGAUGAAAUGACAGAGGAGCAGAAGGAGUAUGAGGCGAUGAAACUCGUCAACAUGUUUGAUAAACUUUCCAGAGAAGAGAUGAUCAAACCAAUGGGAGUCAGAGCAGACGGAACAAUGGCUCCGCUGGAAGAAGCGAUAUGCUGUCAGCAGGUCCCUGAGCCGGACAGUUCAGAUUCGGACUAAGCGCGUUGGCCGCUACUUGUUUUGUUUGUUUUUCUACAGUGAUAUCUAUUGCUAUUUAUACUCUUGAUAUGUCAGAAUUUAUUUUCUCUUUAAGGAGUAUUAUCUGAAAUAAUGAUUUUGUUACAUUUUCCACUGUCCCUUGAGAAAACGAAACCAUCAGAGUAACGGACGCAAGAUUAAACCCUUGACCGACGAACGCAAAAUAUUUAAGCUGCCCAAGGCUCCUCUAAUAGGUGCUUAUACAGCUGUGCACUGGAGAAAGGGUACGGUAGUCCGCUGCUGUUGGUUUAUUGCCAUUAUUCAAGUACAUUUUAAAAAGGCUUCACAAAUAGCGUCACUGUUGCGUGCAUUGGUAUAACAUUAAAGGACCACUAAACCUCA